AUGUUGGAAAAUAUAAAAUAUUUAUUAAUUCCUCAUUCAAGGGAAAGAUAUGGAAUUUACCCGAGUGUUUUAAAAUAAGUGUUCGGACAAUUGUCAAGGGAUGUUUAGAUUUACAUUUAUUUUACAAUACUGAAAUUGCUGAUAACAUUAAUAUUUUUAGUAGGAGCUUUGGGGUGUGAGCUUUCAGAAUCACAUUCAACAGCAACGACAGUUGUAUUGCACUGCAUUUGUAUGCUAUACCACGAGUUCAAGUACAAGGUGGAGCUGGAAAAUUAUGAUAAAUUGAACUUAAUUCAAUUUACUAUGGAAUAAUAAGGAAUGAAUUUAGAAGAGAUUCUAGAUAGACAACAAUUCAAUAAGGUGAUGAUGACUGUAAAGAAAUUAAUAUUUUCUUAAUGUCUUGAUUUGAAUGUAAUUGGUAGUAAUAUUUAAAUAGAGAGAAUAAAAAUAUUUGAACUUUUUGGCUUAGGUGAUUAUAAUUAGGUUUUUUAUAUUGAUGUUGAAUUCGCCAUUUCAUUUUAAUAUACUCGAAUACUUUUAAGAGAGUUGUGAUGCAGAUCUAUUGAAUGUACUGUUGAUAAUAAUUUUAUUGAUGUUUCUAGAGUUCAUCUUACUCUAUUGUUUGGUGUUUGUGUUAGUGAUUGCAUUACCGUAGAUAUUCAAUAGUAUUUUAGAUUACUUUGUUGUUUGUCAAUCUACAGGAAAGGAAAACAGUUGUACUCGAUUAGACGAUUAAAGAAAUACUUGGAUUCUAUUCCUCCUCACAAAUACACAGGUUCAGAUGAUGCUUGGAUGAAAGAGGACAAGACUUGUUGUAUUUGUAUGCAGGAAUAUAUUUAGCAUGAGAGUGUUCUGUAAUUACCUUGCAGUGGAUAACACUAAUUUCAUGAGUUAUGCAUCAGGAAUUGGUUCAAUGUAUAUAAUUUCUCUUAAGAUGAAUAGGUAUCGACUAGUUGUCCAAUUUGCAGAUAAUAGUUAGGUUGACAAUCACAUUUUGAUGUCUAAAUAAUCUAUAUAAUUGACAAUUAUGUUAAAUAUAAAUUUU